AUGGCCGGCGAAAGAUGGCGGCACCAUUUGGACUACAUCAUCACUUCAUUUGGUUCUAGUAUAGGAUCAGGGGCAUUUAUCAAGUUCCCAUAUUUGUGUAUGCGUAAUGGUGGAGGUGCGUUUGUGAUACCUUUCGCCCUGUUCACCAUAAUCGCCGUCAUGCCUUGUGUGUUCCUGGAUAUGGUGAUUGGUCAGCUCUCCCAGAGUGGACCAAUCAACGCCUGGAAUAUGUGUCCACCGUUCAAAGGAAUUGGUGUUGGCAUCUUGAUUCUCAUAUGGAUUAUAUUCACACUUUACAAUGCCAUAUUUUCCUGGUUUGUCUACUUCUUCUACCAGUCGUUUUCUUCCACCCUACCUUGGGCCCAUUGCAACAACGACUGGAACACCCCCUCAUGUAUAUCUGACAGUGGUAUCCAUGUGGCCUCUACGAACCAUUCGGAAGUUACAAACUGUACUGCCUACAGUCAUCAACUUGUUUAUGUCACUGUGGGCGUUCCGUUUGUCCUGAUCAUCGUCUUCCUCGUCAGGGGAUGUCUACUGCCAGGGUCAGCUGAAGGAAUGUAUUAUUUCAUCAAACCCAACUUCGAUAAGCUUACAGAACCAGGGGUCAUCCAAAGUCUGACUGCUGUACAUUAA